CCCAGUCGUAUUCGAUCUAUUUCCGGAAACAACUUGGAAUGUGGCGAGGUGUUAUUUGUGUCCAGUUUGCAGUGAUGUUGUUAUGGAGCUGAAAUAACCCCAUCAGCGAAUGACCCACCUUCUGUAAUUUGAUCACUGUUGUUCUCAGAAUGGCUGAGAAUUCUACAGAUACAAAUUACAGUGAGGUUUCAGUCAAGGUAGAGCAGGUAGACCAAGAGUAUGAAUAUGGUGGUGCACUUCAAACUGAAGAUGACAGCUUUACCCAGAUUAAGACGGACCCCUCAGAACCGGACGAGAACUACAGUCAGCCCUCUGUAUCUCAAUGCCCCCCGCAGGUCAGUGGAGGGACCAAUACUUCCUUCAGCAUGCCUGUGAUCUCAUCUCCACCUAUUGUGAACAGGGCACUUCUCAAUGGAGGACCUAACAUGCUUCAAACAGCACAGCAAGUACCCGCCAAAAAACAAAUCGCAGCACUGGUUAAGGUGGCAGCACCAACAUCCACGGGUACUAACAUUAAACAGGAAGUGGAUAAAGCAUGCUUUAAGCUGUCUCAAGAUGGGGAGCAGUCAUUAUUUCUAUCAGUAAACGUGGAGAAGAAAUUAUGUAGCUAUGUGGGAUCAGACAUGGGAAGACAAUUUCUAAGCAAGCGGCCAGAUAUCAUGGAACAUUUUUUCCAGUUUUGUCAAGAUGUAUACAACACUGAGAAAGAAUCCAAGAAAAAAUCAAGUGAAGCGGCUAUUCUGUCAGCACAGAAGAAACUGAAACCAAAGCCAGCUGUUAAACGACCUAAUAUCCUACAACAAAAUACUCCACCAACCCAACAACCCACACCACAGCCCACUCUACAGCCAACUCAACCCCUGAAACAACCCACUCAACCCUUAAAACAAAUAGUCCCAGCACUUAUUCCAGUGCCAGGAAAAGGGGGAGGAUCUAUACCUAUACCAGGGAACCUGCUCCACCCUGUAUCACAGCCCCCACCCGGAACUCAGCUCCUUGUUCUUCCUCCAGCGGCACAAUCCAUGCCAGAAAUUGCCAAAAUUCUAAACACUUCCACAGUCACCAAUAUAAAAAGUAUGGUUCCAAAAUCUAUAGAGACCGGGAGGAAGCGGAAAAAAUAUGAAAAAGAUGGCCCUGAAGGCGAACCUCCGAAAAAACAACCCCCUGCUCCAGAUAUGCCAUUCAGAAUGAACAUCAAAAAGUUAAAUGCUGGAGCAACAAAGUCCACACUGAUGACAUUGAGACAAUCACUGGAGAGCAAAACUGGCACUGGUUCAAACCCAGUAAUUCUAGAUAACACAGCACAAGCUUCCACAUCAACACAACAACCCAGAAUGAUCUCCAUCAUACAGAAAUUUGGAGAUAAUAAAAAGAAUCCCAGUUAUGGAGAAGUCCUAAAGGAGGCCAUGAAGAAUUCCUUGUCAGAAAAUUCCUCCAUAUUGGCCAACAAGUUUGACAUGACUCCAGAGAUCACGCCUCAAGAGUAUGAUUUGUCUCUGAUUAAAAAGGAACCGAAGGACACGCCCCCUGUUGAGAAGGCACCUAUGGAUCCUCCAUUUGAAUUGUUCUCUAAGUCUAUCAAACUUAGUGAGGCCCCCACAGACAUCCAUUCUUUGUUCUUCAGCUACACAACCAGAAAAGUCAAGAAAAUGGUAAGAAGAACCAAGAAGAAACCAGUUAGGCCAAGUAAACCCAUUGUUCAAGAAAUAAAAGAAAAUCCUGAUUCUAAUCCAGAGCCACCAGAAAAGACGGACUCAACUCCAAAACCUUACAGCUUCAGACAGCGCACAAAGAAAAAGACAUUUGGAGAUGAUUAUGUAGAAGAUUUCAAAGAAGAAUUCAAGGGUAGGAGUAGAGGCAAGGUGGAGAUGAAGAGGGAAGAAGAGGAGUUUAUUGAUGAUGAUAGGGAUGAAGAUUACAAGGCUGAGGUUAAUGAGGAGGAGGAAGAGAAUGGACACAAUGCAGAGCUGGAUGGUGAUGAGGAAGACGACGACGAUGAUGAGAAUUCAGAUGAGUCCAAACCAGCAGAAGAAGAGGAAGAAGAUAGAACCAAAUUCAAAUACUACGAUGAGAGCAAUCUGGAGGAAUUCUUUGAUGACCAGCGCCACACCACCAACAGAAACAGGAGAGGAGACUAUAACUGCAAGUUGUGUCUGAACACAUUUAAGUGGUCUAUGACGUACGUACAACACAUGGUGGAUAAACAUGAACAAUUUCUACAGAACAUGAGGGUUCACCAGUGUGUUUUGUGUGACAAGUGCUUCCUUGCUAAUGAAGAUUUGGCUGCCCAUUACAGGAAAGUUCACAAACAGUUAGACUGCUUCAUCUGUAAGAGAUGCAACGCCACCUUUAAUGCGGCACCAAGCUUCCACAAACAUCUGGAAACCUGUGGUGAGAAGAUUGAGAGGGAGGCAGAAACUGAUGAAAUGUUUCUACAACCAGGAAAAGAGGGAGGAAACAAGUCACCGUAUACGUGUAAUGUCUGUCUGAGGGUCCUAAAAACAGCAGAGGGGCUGGAAAAACACAUGAAGAUGCACGAGGAUGACUCCUACCUCAUAUGUGAUAUCUGUGGUGUUCAGUGUACCACAAAAACCAAGCUUAACAACCACAAAGCUAACCGCCACCACGCCAAGCUGGGUAAGAUAGCCUGUCCUAACUGUGACCGCCGCUUUAUGACUGUCUGGGCUAUGUACCGACAUAACCAAGAAGUCCACGGCUGUACCCAGGAUAUCUGUAAGGAGUGUGGAAAAUUCUUUGACACAGAGGAACAACUGUUGGAGCAUAUCGGCCAGGUCCAUCCCCACCUGAGUCAAGAUGUGUCCCGAUUCUCCUGCGAGGAGUGUGGUAAAUGGUUUGAGCAAGCUCGAUACCUGUAUGUCCACUAUAAGGAAGUCCACAGAAAACAGAGGUCAGUUUGUGGAUAUUGUGGAAAAGGCUUCUCCAAUCGAGAUGAAUUCCAUGCACACAAGAAAACCCAUGACUUGUCCAUCCCAAACACCUGUAAGAUCUGUGCCAAAACCUGGAAUACUCCAGAAGAUCUAGAAAAACACAUGCGCUUUCACGUGAGAGGUAAAACACUUCACCAAUGUGACAUUUGUAAAGAUGUUUUCAUCCGCAGACAAGACCUUAUAGAUCACAUGGUCAACCACACACAGACAUUCCCAUAUAUCUGCAAGGAGUGUGGGAAGGGCUUCAAAAAUAAAGGGAAGCUGAAGGUUCACAUGAUUUCCCACGUGUCCCAUCGCCCCUUCCAAUGUGAUAUUUGUGGAAUGUCCUUCAAGAUGAAGGCAACCCUGGGCACUCACAUAAAGCGACAUAAAGAAGUCAAACCUUUCAAGUGUAACUACUGCCCUCUCCGAUUCAAAUCUGUGGAAGGAUCCAGAAAUCACAUGCUCCAUAAGCAUAUAACACCGGAAGAACUGAAAUACAUUAAGUUCAAGGUUUAUAAAUGUGAAUAUUGUAACAAACUGAUGGGUCAGAAGCACAUGUACAUGCGGCAUGUUCGCCUUCAUACAGGAGAAAGGCCUUGUGUGUGUGAUGUGUGUGGGAGGUCAUUCACAAUGCCAGCCACACUAAACGUCCACAAAAAGACCCAUCUGGAGAGAAAACCCCAUCACUGUGACACAUGUAACUUUGGCUUUAUAGAUGCUCACAAGUUGGGGAAACAUUUUCAGACAAUAAGGCACAAACAAAUGGUAGAGCAGAAGAAGAGGAUCAAGCAAUUAGCGGAAACUAGAGAGAGAAACAUGAUGAAGGCAACAGAGGAAACAGGGGUUGUAGACAGUGUCACGGUAAAACUGGAGGCGAUGGAUGAUGUGUCCAUAUACGAGGGGCCCGACAGAACACAGAUAAACCUCGGCAACGAGACGGUGGUGGUCGAGAGGGCGGCCGAUGAUCCCCCACAGAACGAGAGGCUCCAACAGGGGGAAAUCAGCCAAACUGUGGGGAUCCUUCAGGGUUUUACAGACACUAGCGGUAAUUUAUUGUCCCUGGUGUCAGUACCUGGGGGGCCAUUUCCACAGCUUUUGUCUCAAGUUCAGCAGAAUGCUGAACUAUCCAAUCAAAUCAUUGCACAGGGUGUUGAUAUAACCAAUCAACUCAUUGUUCCCAAAGAAGAAAAUAUGAAUGCAUGAAAUAAAUGUAGGUUGAUACAUUGUUGAAAUAUGUCUUUCCUUGAUUAUUUUAUGAAGAUUAGCCAUGUACAUGUAAUGUCUAAUAAUAGGUUAUAGACAAUGUGUGGUGGAAGACUUCAGAUUUUUGCAUGCAAGAGGUAUUGAGUUGAACAUAAAAUUUUUAUGUCAAUUUACUAGUUAAAAUUUUUAUAUGUACCAUAUUUUACACGUAUUUUUGAAUUUGUUGGUUUCUAUGUUGCAUGAAAGGCAAUUAUUUUUCAUGAAUAUUUUGUAGAGUACCAGUAGAAUACCUGUUUUCAUUUAUAAUGUUUAUAUGAUUUAUGUGUAUAUUGAUUUCAGAAAUGUUUCUCCUUUGUAAAGUAGAGGUUACCUUUUUUACAUCAAAGCAUUAAUGGUUGUAAAGAAACAAUGUCAAACAAUUGACUUUUGCCUUUAGUUAUAAUAGAGAUUUUAUCCAUAUGUUUCUAACUGAUUGUGAUAAAGCACCAAAGGAAAUUUCAUGAGUCCUGCAAAGAUUAUAACUCUCUUAAAUGUCAACUGCUUAAAAUAUUCCAGUGUUUGAAUUUCUACAGCGUUUUUCUAUGAGUAAUUUUUUUUGGUACAUGAAUUUCAAUGUUACAUUCUAAUACAUCAUUUUCAUAAGCAUAAUUGUGAUAUCAAUGUUGUAAAUAUGUAUAUAUUUUUCAUUCUGAAUUAUCAUGGAUAUAUAUGCAUGUUCCUUUUGUGUUCAAGAAGAGACUGUAGUUGUCAGUGUUUCAAUUUUUACACAUUUUUAAUUCAAUCUGAAAAGUUGACUAUUAUUUCAUUUUAAAGCUUAGUUAGAUUUAUAAGAAUUAUUUACACCAUUUUAUUUUAUGCCACAUCAUGCAAUUGAUUGUAUUGAGUUAUAUAAAGAGAUCAUGCAGACAGAUUUUUAAAAGUAGAAGCAAGAACUGUCAUUUUUGGACAUAACUGAAAUUCACACUCUUUGGUAUCAACUGUACAGUGCAUUUCAAAAGCUCACAGAUCUUCUCAGUCUGUAGAUACUCUAUGGCUACUAAAAUGAGAGACGGGUAAAAUCUGGUUUUAAUUUCUUUUAAACGUUUUGGUUUUCUCUUC